AACUUUUCUUUAUUUCUGCACAGGUUUAAAUUCCUCCUCCCUUAUCUCUCCUCACCCAGGCCCUGACCUUUGACCCCACCCCUCUCUCCAACCAUGGCACAUCGAUCUCAGAGUUCAUCGAUUGGCGAUAACCCCCUCGACCCAAACUACCUGCCCCCACAUUACCGUGAGGAGUACCGCCUAGCUAUUGAUGCUCUGAUAGAAAAUGACAUACAGGGUUACUAUGAGUUCCUCCAGUCCGCGGAUGUGGUCGGUUUCCUGGCACAGUCGGAAAUUGAAUUCAUUAAGUCAACAAUCCAGACGCCCAACCAGACCUCCAGCGUCCCAGAGCUGACAUACCAUGAGGGACGUCAGGAUGCUGAUGGCUCCUCCGACACCUACUGGCCGAUGCAGUCUGACCUGGCUGCCCCGGGGCUGGACCUGGGCUGGCCGCUGCCACAGCAAAGCUUCAUGGGGCCCACAGAGGUCACCACUCUAGUCAACCCCUCCGACCCAGACAUGCCAAGCAUCAAGCAGCAGGCCAGGAGACUCAUUAAGAAUGCACGCCAGGUUAUUGCUGUGGUGAUGGACAAGUUUACAGAUGUUGACCUUUUUGCGGACCUCUUGGACGCAGCAGCACGCCACGUUCCUGUUUAUAUUCUACUGGAUGAGCAGGAAGUCCAUCACUUUGUCUCUAUGGUCUUCAACUGCAAAGUCAACUUGGACCAACAUCCUAUGUUGCGUGUCAGGACUGUGGCAGGAAUAACCUAUUAUUCCCGUACGGGGAAAUCAUUUAAGGGGCAGGUGAAAGAUCGUUUCCUACUGGCUGACUGCAAAGCUGUACUCAGUGGCAACUACAGUUUCAUGUGGUCCUAUGAGAAAAUCCACCGCUGCAUCGCCCACCUCUUCCUCGGGGAGCUGGUUUCCACCUUUGAUGAAGAGUUUCGCAUUCUCUUUGCUCAGUCAGAGCCUUUAGUUAUUGAACCAUCUGAUGGAGCACUUGCUCUCUCUGACUCCAGCAGUUACUUAGGCAGCCAGUUCGGUUUAAAGAGGACCCAGUCUUUGCGUAACCCCAUAGGUUACCGAAGGCAGCCUGAGAUUCCCUCUGCCUUCCCUUAUGGAGACGCUGAUCGUAACCUUGCCCUUCCUUUCCGGAGGAACGAUCCAUUUCGUCACACCAUUGAACCUGGGGCAGGAAUUACAAUAGGAAAGUAUUCCCAGCAACAGUUUCGUCUGCAGCAGUCGUUCCUGGAGCAGGGAAGGUCCAUAGUUUCCAGGCAGAUGGAGAUAAGUACCAGUGGCUUCAAGAGGCACAGCUAUGCAGAGGGAACCCAGGAAAACUACUCAUCUUCAAGGCAAUACAUGAAGCACAGAGUCAUGAAUAAUUUGGACGAGACAGACUUUCAGAGGGAGCAGACCCAAACUAGCCAUUACUACAAUGAAGGGCCUGGGCCGGGUUCUGGCAAGGGACACUACGACAGACUUCGAGGUCGUCCUCCACAACUCUCCAUUGACCAGUAUUCAGAUUCAAGCUUUCGCUCAGAUCGGGAGCCUCCACCUGGAAAGUAUAACCGAGAAUACUUUUCAUCUGAGGACUUGAGAGGACCUGAGGGGUGCCAGGCACCUCCAUUAGCUGGAAGGUAUGGAGGAGAUUCCGCCAAUAGGAGACCAACCAUAGGUCAGGCGUAUGCCUGCCAGAGCUCACCCACACAGCCCCACCCUCCAGAGAAGAAACCGUUUGCCAAACAACCUGAUCAGGCGCAUGAUGAAGAUGCAGAUGCUAAGCAAGGCAUGAGAAGUUGGAGAAUCCAUUCCUAUCUUAGCACUUAUGAGGACAGUGGAGAAGAAAGUGUGACUCAACCUUUGGGGCCUGAUGCAUUUGAAGAUCCUCCUCCAUCUCAGCAGCCAACUGCCACUGAAAACUCAGCUCCCCGCUUUGGAAUAAAGGAGCCACCGAAUGUUCCCCCCAAACCCAGACCAGAUAUCUUGAGACCACGGUUUGGAAAGCCCAUCUUACCUGAGUGCAACAGUCAAGACUCUGCCCCAACAACAACCAAGGAUCUGCUACCGUCAAUCAGUGACUUGAAGCCAUUUGUACUGGAGAAAAGAGGGAGGGAGGCUGAGAAGGAAUGGGAGAGAGAGCCAGAGCGGGGUGCAGCAAGGGAGGUGGGUGUGGAUGUGGAGGUGAAAGAGACUCCAGAUCUCUUCCUGUCCAAACAUGAAUCAUUCCGUACAAGGGUUAAUCCACUCCUUCAACGUAACUCUCGUCUGCGUUCCUCGCUUAUAUUCUCAUCGUCCAAGGCAGAGAUGCACAGUGGUAGCCUGGGCCUAAAACCAGCCACAGAGGAAGACGAGGAGUUAAACUCAGUGCGUACUUCCUCGAUUGUAGCCCAGAUCCUAGAGAAGAGGAGGUCAUUGUCUCGUGAGCCUUUUGAGUGGCGAAAGAAGGCUGAGGAAAGAGAUAAGGAGAAAGAAAGGGAGAAGGAGAAAGAAAGGGAGGAGAAAGAAAAAGAGGAGAAAGAGCGACAGCAAGAGGAAAGGGAGAUUCACUUAAAAGCAAAAGAGGAACCUCAGAAAAACAACGAAGAGGUAAAGACGACACCAACUUUUGAGAAAUCUGAUGUAACAACAUCAUUAUCUAUGAACAUGAAUGACCCAGCAAAUAGACUGCAGUAUUUCAAAGACCUGGCGGCCAAAAGAAAAGCCUCAACAAUGGAAACAGAGUCAUCGCUCAAAGCCCCAGAGCCUGCUGAAAAAAAGCCAGACCUUUCUGAUAAACCUCCCCUAAAACCUGCAAUGACUCCAAACAUCCCAAUUGUUAGCCAAACCACCAAAAAAAAAAAUUUUUCAAAACCCCAAAAAAAACCUUCUGCAAGCUACCUGAAGCCUUCAGAGACAACUCCACUUCAAAAAGAGGAAAAUGCAUCAGAUGGUCAAAAGAAGGAUAUAUUCAAGUCUCUAAAGCCCCUUCCGUCACCUAAGAUCUUCAGGAGGGAUCCGUUGAAGUUCAAAGGACUAAAUCCCCGUCGGAUCUCCUGUGAUGAAGAGAUUCUGACCACAGACGCUACUGAUGCAGAGAAGAGUGAAAUGAAAAAGAGUCGCUCUCAAAGUUCUUCAACUCUGCCACGUGAUGACUCCAGGGAAGGAUUGCAAAAAGUUAUGGGAUCUAAUACAUCCAUCAACACACUUGGUGAGGGAAAGGGUGAGGGGAAGACACUUGACUUCUUGAAGAAGCAGACGCAGAGGCUAAAGGGAUUACUGGGGCCCAAGGAUAAAGAGAAGAAAUCUUCAGGAGACGAUAGGGGCAUGAGCACGGUCAGAGAGAUCACUGAAGAUAUAAGCAAAAAGCUGAGUUCAUCAGCUAGAGAUAAAGAAUCCACCACUGCUGACCAAACUACGGCCAAUCACAAAACAUCAACCGGCAUAUCAGGCCCAUCUCGAUACCAGGCCCCGGGCAGCUCUGUUCUGUUCAGUAGCAACCUACGAGAUGACACCAAAGUCAUUCUAGAGCAGAUCUCGGCCAACAGCCAAAAAAACCGAUUGGAGCGAGAAGAAACAGGAGGGGACAAAGAGAGUGACGGUGGAGAGAAGGGGCUAGAGGGACAGAACUCCAUCAAGAAAAAUCGAUUUCUGCGUCCCUCAGGCAACAUCCAGGAGCGGGAGGGAUUGCUGAAGAGGAUGGAGAGUUUGAGGAAGGAAAAGAAGGUCUACAGCCGCUUUGAGAUGGGGAAUAACCUGGGAUAACGAAAGAUGGAGGAGGCACCUUUUAUAUGGGAACUAUUUAUGAAAGAUGAUCAAAAAGACCCAUUGCCCAUAUGUGCCAACGACACUCUCAAAGUACUCAACACCAGCCUUUCCUGGAUUUCCACACAAAGUAAUACAACUUGAAAAGACAAUAUAUAAAAAUACUGAAAAUAAACUGAAGUCAUUGGGUUUGGAAUGUGACUAUGUGCCAAGACCUGGAACUACUUUGACCUUAUAUGGUGACUAAGAGAAAGAAGAGUGAAUCUACUUGCAUUCUGGCUGCAUGGGCCAAUGUUUCACCUAACAGGAAAAAGGUAGGGCAAUUAACAUAAAACUGAACUUGUAUAAACAUGACUGGGGGAGUAAGAGAGGAUAAAAGAAAGACAGUACAUAUUGCACCUGAGGGAUGGAAAAUAGAUCCAUGCCAGUUAAAAAAAAUAUGGUGGUGUAUGACUGCAUGCGUACAAGUGUUGUGUGAUUCUGCAAGUGUCUAUGUAGCUGGGAGAAAGUGUCCUUGUGGAUUCAUUGUGUGCCAAUGGCCCACCAAGGGUAUUACCAAAGUUAGGACUAUUAUUAACCCAGAACAGAAAGCAAAGAUAAGAAAAUGAAGAGGAAAGGAAUGACAUGAAUAAUUGACAAAGAGUGAAAUGUCUGUGAGAUUAUAGAGAAUGAAGAGUAAGACAAAAUCUGAAUGUGAGAAUGUGUCUAAUUCUAAUGUUGAGGCAGAUUUUCGAUAGAAAGUAGAGUCGUGAACUUUACCCUCUCAAGAGUGUUAUGUGCCUUUCUAUUAAGGUUUGGACACACUUCAUAAAGGUUGAAGAUGUCAGAUAACCAUUCAGAGGGGACUAUAGGUUUUCAUGGUUAGAGGAGUUGAGUUAAAAAAUGUAAGUGUACUAGUGUUUGUCUCAUGUAAAUAAAAAUGUAAAGCAUUUAAGUUGCCCUGAAUCACUUUAAAAAAAAAAAUGUGCCCCUGUUCCUCUGUAUGUUGACUU